AUGGGCAAAAGUCUUGCUGAAUUUCACUUUGUCUCCGAUGAAUUUACCUCCAGUUACACUGAAAGGCUAACAAAGGAGAUUGAAAGUGAAAAAAGCUUAAUCGUAGAACCUGAGGAUCUAUUGUUGUCUCACAAGUUGAACCUUGAACAAAAACAUGCCUAUGAUCUGAUCCUGAAAGCAUGUUUUUCCUUACAAGGACAAGCUUUCUUCGUUGAUGGCCCCGGCGGGACCGGUAAAACUUUUUUAUAUCGGUCACUCCUCGCCACCUUGCGCUCACAGAACCAUGUUGCAAUUGCAGUGGCAACAUCUGGAAUUGCAGCAUCAAUCCUUCCCGGAGGAAGGAUAGCUCACUCGAGAUUCAAGAUACCGCUUGAUUUCUCGAAAACUAAGACUUGUCAACUUAGUAAACAAAGCUCGGCUUCAAAACUCCUUUCUGAAUCUACGCUUAUUUUGUGGGAUGAAGCUUCCAUGGCUAAGCGGGAAACAAUUGAAGCAUUUGACGAAUUGCUAAAAGAUUUAAUGGAUUCAGAUUUGCCUUUUGGAGGAAAGGUAGUUGUUUUCGGCGGCGAUUUCCGGCAAACUCUGCCAAUCAUUGAGCAAGCAACUAAGGAAGUUCUCAUAGAAUCGACCUUCCCCGUUUCUCCCCUGUGGUCUCAACUACACAAAAUCAGGCUCACAGAAAACAUGCGAGCUAUGUUUGAUCCAGCCUUUUCUCAAUUCCUUUUAAGGGUGGGAGAGGGGAGAGAACCUGUCGACGAUCAGGGCGAGAUAACUUUAUCCCCAGAUAUAGUUAUUCCUUAUGUAGAUAAAGAGCUGUCUUUAAACAGGUUAGUAGAAAGUGUUUUUCCAGAUUUGAACCUCUAUACCCAUGAUCCUUAUAACCUGAUAAAUAGGUGCAUCAUUGCUCCUAAAAAUAGCUCUGUCGACGAACUCAAUGAAUUGAUGAUUAAGAGCUUUCCUAGAAACCUUCAGACUUACAUUAGCUCAGACAAGACUGUUGAUCAGCGGCACUAA